UUCGGAGAAAGUUGAAUAGCAAUGAAUAUACCAUUAUAAAGUUACUCGAAUUUUCUAAUUAAUACAUUAGAUUGCAGCAGGUGUUUUAUCGGUAUUGUAAUAAUAGCUCAUGCGCACAUUAUUUUCAACAGGUGAAGAUGUUCCCACGACUUCAGGUUGCGCAUCCCUUUCGUUGUACAUACAUACAUACAUACAUACAUACAUACAUACAUAGUAGGUACAUAUAAAGGAAGGCCCAAAAAAUGUAAGUGAACGUUCUCGUGCAUACCGGGUCCAUCGUAUGAAACGGGUCCCUAUAUGGAUUAAUCUAAUGGAGGAUGAUUCAAAGAUUCUUAAGAUCACCCUGUAUAAGUCGUAUAUAAGGAUGAGCUGGAUGCUGAUGUUCUAUUCUCUACAGAACCGUCGUCGUGAAAGAAAGUUCCGUUAGAUUUCUUUCAAAAUUUCAAAAAAAGUUCACUCGUCAUAAAUUACCUGUAAAUCCUUUAUUUAAAAACAUAUUUUUAUCCAAAGAUGUGAUUUAUCACGUUAAUCUUUUAAUCUUGAUAAAUGAUACAACAGAGAAAAGGACUUUGGAAAAGUGCAUCUUUAAUUAUUAAUUGUGAUAAUUGUAGUGUUGCCAAAAUGCGUUUGCAGUUUUCCAAAAGUGUUACCAACAAGGUUGUAAUUUUAUGCUGCAUUUUGAAGCUAACCAUCGCUGGUGUUCUUCAACAGCGGUUUCCUUGUGCACCAGUUGAUGCAAUUACUGGAAAUGGUGCCGCAGUACCAGUGGCUUGCGCCCUGAAAUCAAUCGGAAGUAAAGUAGAACCUGCGCUUCCGACUUACGUCAAGGUCACCGCUCCGAUCGCGUAUAGGCCAUUGCCGAAGACGUCGUCACUGGUGUACAUUGCCCCGCCAAUUUUUAAAACAGCCUCAGCUGUCGUUGCCACUGAAACAAAAAGCGAAAAUCAUCAACCGGAAUUCGCCGCAUACCCAAAAUAUUCCUUUAAUUACGGUGUCCUGGAUGGAUAUACAGGAGAUUCAAAGUCAGCCUGGGAAGAAAGGGAUGGUGACACUGUAAAAGGCGAAUAUUCUGUAGUCGAGGCAGAUGGGUCCAUUAGAACGGUCACUUAUACGGCUGAUGACCAUAAUGGGUUCAACGCUGUCGUAACAAAGAACGAACCGCCGAAGAAUUCGAGGCAAGAAGUUAAUGUGAAAAGAUUUCUACCGGUUACGAUUCUUCCCGAUUCUCAUUAGGAGA